AUGAAGCCUUGGGCCAUCUGCGAGCAUCUGGCUGACCUUUGCUUGGAAGAGUUCUUCGCCCAGGGAGACAAGGAGAAGGAGCUUGGUAUCCCGGUGCAGAUGCUCAACGAUCGCGAGAAGGUUAAUCGACCAAACUCACAGGUGGGCUUCAUCGAGUUCGUAAUCGCACCUCUCGCGGAGCAGAUGGCCAUGAUAUUCCCGGGACUUUCGUUCCUGCCUGCGAAUCUCAGUACCAACACGCAAAAUUGGGCUGAGAUCUGGAAACAGGCGUCAAGUGCAUCCGCGGAGGAAAUCGAGAAGUUCGACGCGCGCAUAGCCAAAGCCGUGUCACUGGUCGCUUCAAGGUGCCUGGCUCCUCUGAGUGAGCACCCUCGGCAUGACGGUCAGUUGCUAGCGACAUCUGGUGGAAAGUGUCAGGAAAUGAUCAUGCCUGCUGCAGUUGGGUAUCCUCAGGGUGUGAAGCCCGGCGACCAGGUCUCCGGAUCCGAGGGGGAGUACUUUCGGUAUAAGCACGUCUUUGUGAAACCACCGGAUGACGAGGAUCGUGUGGAAGCACUCAAGAUGGCGGCAGACUUCAAGUGCACUGCUUGCGAGGUUCUCCUCCAAAGUCUGCUCCAGCGUGCUGAGUCCAUGACGGAGGACCACAUCAUGGACCAGUUCGACGGUGAGCUUGAGGAGCCCGUAGAGUUAUCCGACAAUCCCCAGGACGGCUCAGCCGUGCUUGGCAGAGCGUUUUUGGCAUGA